GAUGGCCCAGGAUAUGACCGAGAAAGAACUCUUGAAGAUGGAAAUAGACCAGCUGAAAAAGGAAGUUAAAACUGAAAGACAAAAGGUCUCCAAGACAGCAAAAGAUCUCAAGGACUACAUAGAAUCCAUGUCUGCCGAAGACCCACUCUUAAAAGGUAUCCCAGAAGACAAGAACCCAUUUAAGGAGAAGGGAGGUUGUAUAAUAAGCUGACCCCGGCCCCACCGAGAAAAGAUCACGGCCGCCCUCCUUAUACCAUACCUGGGCUGUAAGAAUUUUGCUCAUCUGUCUCUAGCGUAACAGCGUCAAUUAUC